CACGGCACUUUGGGAGUAUCGCGUCACCGAAAGCGGAAGUGAGCGGCAGAAAAUAGCGAGGCGAUUGGAAGGCGUCUCGCUUGGACUUGUUUGAAGGCUUGACAAAAAAGGUCCCCGUGUUCUCAAAGCAGCAUGGCAAACGCACGCGUCGAAAUUCACGACCCCUUCGGCAACCACGAUGACCUCAGCGCGCCGAGCUCAGACGCAGAGGGCCUCCAAAACACGCUGGAGUUUCGCCUCCUGAUGGCGUACACCAAGAAGAGACAGCGGCUGCGGCAAAAGAGGAGCCAAGUUGUCGUCAAGGACCAAGGUCCCCUUCCGGACCGGAGCGAAGAAGAAACCACGCCGAAAAAGACCAAGAUAAAGUUCAAAAUGAUGUCACGCAUUUUGGCAUGCGUCAAGCCAAAGACAGUAAAAUGCCCGAAAGAGUCGGAGGCUGAAAACAUUGUUGUCGAAGAAGGUUUUCGAAGCGUUUCUCCAGUGGAGUCGAACGAGUCGGAGGAGAUGGACGAGGUGGCCAGCAGGCUGACCGAGAUUGCCGACGAGAUCCCCUUCGCACCCCCGGAACUGGAGACCGAUUCGCCGGAUGAUGAAGAGGACGCCAACGUGGAGAAGCUGCUUGGUCUCCUGCUGAGGGAGUGUGGAGACAAUUUUGAUGAGAUGGUGACAAAAGAGUUGAAGGAAGCUUUAAGGUCCACGCUGCUUUUCUGGAACUACGGCUUCUUUGAGAGGUUGAUGAAGACGUUGCUCAAGAGGAUGGGGCUCUUCAAUGCUGACCCCGACGCGCCGGGACCGCAGACGUCGCCCAAGACUCAAAUGGCAGUCGCGUGCGAGGUGACGAGUCGUCUAUCUGCCGCCAACACGCUGCCCGUGAACCGCCUGCUGGGCUACGGCGCCACCUACCUUCAGAAUCACUUUUCCUCCUGGGCCAAGCAGCAAGGCGGUUACGAGGCGGCGUUCGACGACGAUGAUGAUGAUGACGACGACGACGACGUCCAAUGAUGGCUGCAAUCUGUGCCUGUGCUGCCGGAUUUUGCGCCGUUAGCGGUGCCUCAAUGUUUCGAUGGAUAUUUUUUUUCCCCAGUGCUUCUUGUCUUCUUUGGAUGGGAACUUUGCACGGCUUGACGUGGCAUCUCACAGCCCCAACUCGGGAGAAGUUUGCGAUUACAUUUCAGGAUAAAUCCGAAGUGCACAAAAGCUUUCUGAUGUGUGGUCUAUGUUUUGGGAUCUGAUGAGAAACGCAAUUUAGUCUGUGUGGUGACUUUUGCCUAAAAUGGAAUUAUCUAUUUUCAAAGGUACGCAUGUUGAUUUACUAACUUGUCAGGACAAAUGUACACUGAGCAAUGAAAAACA